AUGCUGAUCAGUUUCAGUCAUAUGGUGGAGGCGCUGGCGCAAAGUACGAUAAUCGGAAAGCUGAAAACUACACCGAAAUCUAAAACAAAAUAAAGUAUACGCAGAUACUUACGAAAUUUAAGGUACUUUCUUCUUUUAUUAAAAGUGGAACUUUAAUUUGAAUCCAAUAUGUUCUCAAAAUUAUCCAUGAACGUGGCAGUGCGCUACAUGAGCGCUCAACAACAAAAGCUCCAACAAUCCGCUCAAAAAGUGACAUCACAACAAGUGUUCGACCGAGAAAAUAAGUACGGCGCACACAAUUAUCACCCACUACCGGUGGCGUUGACACGUGGCGAGGGUAUUUUUGUCUGGGAUGUGGAGGGUAAACGAUAUUUCGACUUUUUAAGUGCCUAUUCGGCUGUCAAUCAAGGUCAUUGUCAUCCAAAAAUUGUAAAUACUCUGACAGAGCAAGCCAAGAAGCUAGCGCUAACUUCCAGAGCCUUCUACUCCGAUGUGCUUGGCGAAUAUGAAGAAUAUAUAACAAGACUCUUCAAUUAUGACAAAGUUUUGCCAAUGAACACGGGCGUGGAAGGUGGAGAAACCGCUUGUAAAAUCGCACGUGCUUGGGCAUACAUGAAGAAACAAGUGCCAGACAACCAAGCUAAGAUUCUAUUUGCCGAGAAUAAUUUCUGGGGACGCACUUUAUCUGCUAUUUCAGCAUCAACUGAUCCUCUGAGUUAUGAAAAUUUUGGUCCUUAUAUGCCGGGUUUCGAAAUCGUCAAAUAUAACAACUCAGAAUCUUUAGAGAAAGCUCUACAAGAUCCCAAUGUUUGUGCAUUCAUGGUUGAGCCCAUUCAAGGUGAAGCCGGUGUGGUGGUACCCGAUGUUGGGUAUUUAAAGAAAGUUCGGGAGCUUUGCACAAAAUAUAAUGUACUGUGGAUCGCGGAUGAAGUGCAAACCGGUCUGGCGCGUACUGGACGAAUGCUAGCCGUCGAUUAUGAAGAAGUUAAGCCCGAUAUCUUGAUUUUGGGUAAAGCACUUUCUGGUGGUCUAUAUCCCGUCUCCGCUGUUUUGGCUGACGAUCCAGUUAUGGAGUGCAUACAACCGGGUCGCCAUGGCUCUACAUAUGGUGGCAAUCCUUUGGGUUGUAAAGUGGCGCUUAGCGCAUUAGAAGUGUUGUUGGAGGAACGUCUGGCGGAGAACGCAGAAAAAAUGGGAAAUUUACUACGCAGCGAACUCAGCACUUUGCCGAAAGAUGUUGUGAGCAUCGUGCGCGGCAAAGGUCUGCUCAAUGCUAUAGUUGUCAAUAAAAAAUACGAUGCUUGGGACAUAUGCCUGAAAUUACGUGAUAACGGUCUACUUGCCAAACCUACACAUGGCGACAUCAUUCGCUUCGCACCUCCACUGGUAAUUACUGAGGAACAGACACGCGAGUGCGCUGAAAUCAUAAAGAACACAAUACUGAACUUUUAAAUGUAUGUAAUUUGAGAAAUAUUCCUCAAAAAUGGUAUUAUAUACCCAGUUUUUAGUAGCGUAAAAGCAGCAGUUAAGCUUUUAAGACACGAGAAGUUGUGAGAAUUCGUGGAUUCUAUUAAGAUUUAGUUUAAUUAUUUAACUUAAAAAAAUAUAUAUUUAAUAUUUACUUCAUCGCGUUUUCUCAAUGUUAAUGCCAACUGCCAGUGAAGUUGCGGUUAAAAAAGGUUUUUUACCGCAAGAAGGAGUCUUGGUUAAGUUAACCAGAACUUUGAGACAAAUGGCUGCUCAUCAGACAUUGAGAAAAUGACCUUUAGUCUAAGGUGUCGGGCCAAACACGAAUUGUAAUUAAAUGAAAUUUAAAGCAAAUAUUUGAAAUUACUCAUGUUGUGAAAAUAGUCUGCUCAACCUUUUUUGCGCUUCAAUAAAUAUAUAAAAUACUAAGUAAAGAAAAAAUCA